UUUACUGCUCAUAAGGUACCUAUGUUUGAAUAAACGUACCACUUUCCUAUGUAGGUAGUAACAAGUUGAUGGUUUGGAUUAACUGUUUAUACUUUUACAUAUCAUCUAGUUCAAACAAAUCACGAAUGAUUGAAUUAUUGAAUCAGUUUUCUAUUGGAUUUCGAUGAAAGUAUGGUGCCUAAUUUUUAGAAAAUUUCAAAUGAGACAUCGUUUUAUAUCAAUCACAACGCUGACCUCUGGAUUCCUUCAGUUUUCUUCUUGGAUACCUGUUGUGGGUUUAUAAGAUAUUAAUAUCUCAAUCUAAAUUAUAUCGCAGAAUGGAACCCUUCAAUGGAACUUGUCCAAACAGUGUGAGCAUAGGAGUAAGUCAAUUACUGUUUUCUCAAUUAUUAACGACCUUGGCGAAUUCCUACUGUGAUCACACCGUUUAUCCGGCCGAUCAAAGUGAAGAAAUCAUCCAAACAAACAAUGAAUUUGAUUUCAUCGUUGUCGGUGCUGGUUCUGCUGGAUCUGCGUUGGCGAAUCGUUUGAGUGAAAUAAGCUCGUGGAAAGUAUUAUUAAUAGAAGCUGGACCUGAUCCUCCGAUCGAAUCAGAUAUCCCAGCCAUGUUUUUUUCACUCUUAGGUUCAAAAUACGAUUGGAACUAUAAAGUAGAAAAAUCAGAAAAAAGUUGCCGAAGUAUGGUUGACAAUCAGUGUAUUUGGCCUCGAGGAAGAGUAUUGGGAGGGUGCAGCUCGAUCAAUGCCUUAUUAUAUAAGCGUGGUAAUGCCAAAGACUAUGAUAACUGGGAAAGUUUAGGUAACCCUGGUUGGAGUUAUGAAAAUGUUCUGAAAUAUUUCAAGAAAUUGGAAUUUGCUAAUUCGGAGAGGUUGGAAAAAGAAGCCCACGGAUACGAGGGUUAUGUCCAUGUAGAAGACUUUCAAGAGGCAGACUUAAUGGAUGUUAAAUUUAAUAAAGAGUUGCUGGUGAAAUUAUAUGGAGAGUUAGGAUUACCUUUUGUUAAUGAUAUAAACGCAAAUCAGAAAACUGGAAUUACAAUGGUUCCGGCUACAGUGAAGAAUGGCAUCCGAUGGAAUACAGGCAGAGCUUACUUGGCCCCAAUUAAAGACAGAAAAAAUUUGUCAGUGAUGAAAGAAACCUUGGUGACUAAAGUAUUGAUCGAUGGCAAUAAGAAAGCUUACGGUGUUGAAGUAUUUCGCAAUAACGUUCAUAAGAAAAUAAUUGCCAAGAAGGAAGUCAUAUUGACCGCAGGAGCAUUGAACUCGCCACAGCUUCUCAUGCUUUCAGGAAUUGGUCCACGAGAUCACUUGAAAGAUUUAAGUAUUCCAUUGAUCAAUGAUUUGAAAGUUGGUCACAAUUUGCAAGAUCAUAUAUUCCUGAUGAACUUACUGGCUAAGAACACUGCCAAAGAAUUCAAACAAGUUUCACCACUCGACCUAUUAUAUUCGUAUUUGACUAGAAGGACUGAGUUGGGAUCUAUGACUGUCGCUGAUACAAUGGCAUUUGUUGACACUCAAAACCUGACAAAUGAUUAUCCGGAUAUUCAAAUAUUUCAUUUCAGCUAUCCAGUUAAAACUAAUAGUUUACCGGAUUAUCUGAGAACUGCUAAUUUACCAGAGGAACUUAUUGAGAAGUAUGUGAAAGAAAACGAGAAACAUUAUUUGAUUCAUUUUCUACCAACUUUACUGAGACCAAAAAGCUCUGGCAGGGUAAUGCUCAAGAGUACUAACCCAUUGGACCCGCCAAAAAUCAUCUCUGGAUAUUUGACCGAAUCUGAUGACAUAACAACUCUCAUACGAAGCAUAAAAUUUAUCCACAAGCUUGCAAAUACUGAAGUGUUUAAAUCUUGCUGCGAGCUUAUCGAAAUUCAACCUCUUGAAGAAUGCAGAGAUCUAGAGCAAUUGACAGACGAAUACUACGAAUGUCUGAUUCGAAAUUUUGCCCAGACUGUGUAUCAUCCUGUGGGUACAUGUAAAAUGGGCCCUAUAAGCGAUAAGGGUGCUGUUGUAGAUGCCAGACUCAAAGUUUACGGUGUGGAAGGGUUGAGAGUAGCUGAUGCUUCAAUAAUGCCAAAAAUAGUCAGCGGAAAUACCAACAUUCCUGUGAUUAUGAUUGGAGAAAAAGCAGCAGAUCUGAUAAAAGAAGACUGGCUCAAUGAAUUCAGCCACACAGAAUUGUGAGAAUUUGUAAUAUGUAUACCAUAAAUAGACAUGGCUGGUCUGUGUUUUCAAUGUUGAAUUUUUAGUGUGCGUAGCACACUAUUAGUUUCGGUCUGAAAGUGGAAAAAUUCUUUGGAACGAAUGUUCUCUAAGAUGGAUGGACCGAUUAUUUUGAAAUUUUUGUAGGUAGGUGUGGUUUAAUGUGAGGCAUGGAACGCCGUAAUUAUAAUUGCAAUUACUCAAUUAGCUUCUUGAGUAAUUGCAAUUAAUUAUGAAAAUUUGUACCAAAAAAAGAAUAAAAAGGGGAAAAGGGCCAUAUCAAAAGGAACGCCGACAAAAGCAAAGCCGACCUCAGUUAAAUUUCGAAAUUUAUGUAACGCCACAGGGGUUCUAAAAUCUUUUCUAUUGUUCAAUUUUCGAAUUUAUUUUUCAAAAUUGAACAAAGGAAAAGGUUUUAUCAAAAGUGAAGCCGACCCCCUGUGGUGUUAUAUUUAUCAAAAGGGAAGCCGAAAUCCGUUUUAAAAUGUAACACCGCAGGUGUCCUAAAAUAUUCUUAUCUACAGUGUUAUCUUUCCCUUUGUUCAAUUUAAAACAUUUCUCUAUUGUUCAAUUUUGAGAAAGGUUUUUAGAUCGCCUGCAGGUGUUUCAUUUACACACAUUCAGUACCUAGACACCGCAAGCAUGUGGUUACCCUUUCGGAAUCAAAACCCACCAGUCAUUUGUGAUUUUGCUGUGCUCCCAAGAGGUUCUCUCAGUACCGUAGCGUUUUUGGAGUCGCAUAUGCUUUCAACUCAGGAGCUUUCAGAAUAGCAUAGUGUACUUAUUCGGAAUCGCUUUGUGCUUUUUAUAUAAAAAUGACGUUGUGUUUUUUUUCAAAUUCGCGUUCUUUUUUUUCAAAAUCGCAUUGUGCUUUUUAAAGUUGUGUUGUGCUUUUU